CCAUUUUUACAUGCUUUUAGAUAACUUUACCACUCUUUAUAUCUCUGCUUAACCCUUUCUCCCCCACCUUCGAAUCAACCAAACUUGCCAUUUGGCUAUCUUCAAGUGCUCUCUCAUAAUAAACUAAAGAACCAAAAAAAAAAAAAAAUGGUUAAAGUUGCAGGUGUUUUGGUUUGUCUUUUGAUUGUGGGCAUGGAUGUUGGAGCAGGGAUACUUGGCAUCCAAGCUGAAGCUGCACAAAACAAGGUUAAGCACCUGCGGCUGUGGAUAUUUGAGUGCAGAGACCCGAGCCAUGAUGCUUUCAAGCUAGCGUUGGGUGCUGCAGCGUUGCUGACACUAUCCCACGUACUUGGUAACCUGCUUGGUGGGUGCAUGUGUGUUUGUUCUCAAGAAGAGUUUCAGAGCUCUUCCACUAACAGGAUAAUAUUAGCCGUUGGAUUGUCGGCGCUGGUGAUUGGGAUAUUAUCAAACAACAAAUCCAAGGGUUCGUGUGGGUUGACGCACCACCAUUUCCUUUCGAUCGGAGGAAUUUUGUGUUUCGUACAUGGGCUGUUUUCUGUUGCUUAUUAUGUUUCAGCCACUGCUGCUAGUGAUGAAGGAAAGUAAGCAAUAUAUAUAAUCUUUAAAGUAACUUUGGUUUGUUUGUUUGUUUAAUUUUUAAAAGAUCAUUGAUCAACUAUCACUUUCCUCCUACAUGUAAAAUCAUUUUGUAAACAUCUUUUGAGGCCAUUAUCAAUCUUGUAGGACAGCUCAUCAUCA